UGCCAGCUGAAAUCUCUAUAGAAUCUAAUUUUCACAUAGCAGCAGAACUCUGGAGCAUUAUCUCAUCUAAUAUUACAGUAAGAGUUGGAGUUCUUCUGGUGAGCAGUGGGAAGAUGUGGACGCUUCAGGUGGUCGUCAUCUGUGUUUUCCUUCAGGUGCCGGGGUGUUUCGCAUCAUGCCUCAUUACGGGCCCUGUCGCCAACUGUGGCUCCCAGAACCUCCGCCAAGUUCCUCCUCUGCCCCCCCACAUCACCCACCUGUACCUGGAGAUGAACCACAUCGCUGAGAUCAACUCCACCUCCCUGUCGGGGCUGGAGCAGCUGCAGGAGCUGGACCUCGGGCGACAGUACGUUCCUCUUGUGAUCCAUAACGACGCCUUCAGCGGGCAGAGACGCCUGAGGAGGCUGGUGCUCGGCUUCAACGUCGGCCUCCAGCUGGAGCCGCGGGCGUUUACGGGACUGUCCAGUUUGCAGAACCUCCACCUUGAUUACUGUUUGCUUCAAGACUCCAUCCUGAAGGAGGACUACCUGGAGCCGCUGACCUCUUUAGAGACUCUUGACCUCUUUGGUAACAAGAUAAAGAGACUCCAGCCUGCGAUGUUUUUCGCAAACAUGACUAAUUUGAACGUUUUGAAUCUUAAGUUGAACCAAAUUGACAAAAUAUGUGAGUCUGAUCUGGUUGGUUUUCAGGGGAAGCACUUCCAGGUUCUGAACUUGGACUCUGUUCACCUUAAGGCCAUGAUUAACGAACGCUUUGACUGGCACAAAUGUGGGAAUCCUUUCAGAGGGAUGUCCUUUCAGUCACUCGACCUGUCCAACAACGGGUUCAGUGUGGGCACAUCUAAGCGGUUUUUCACAGCCAUUAAGGGGACGAAGAUAACGCAUCUCAAACUGUCAGGACACAUGGGUAAAGGCUUUUCAUUCAAUAACCUCCCUGAUCCAGACCGCAGCACGUUUGAAGGCCUUAAUGCUAACUCAGUCCACACUUUGGACCUGUCUAAGAACAGGAUAUUUGCGUUGCAACAGGGGGUUUUCAGUCCGCUGAAAGACGUCGUAAUCAUUGACGUUUCCCAAAACAGACUGAAUCAGAUCCACAGGAACGCCUUCGAAGGUCUUCAGGGUCAUUUAAGAAUGCUCAACGUGUCACACAACCUGCUGGGGGAAAUCCACGCUUACACGUUUGAUUCCCUGACGGACCUGCGAGUGUUAGAUUUGUCUUAUAAUCACAUCGGCUCAUUUAGUGGACUUACCAAAUUAAAAGCGUUAUAUCUAACAGGAAAUCUGCGUGACCUUGGCUUCCCUGCAUCUCUACCGAGUUUAGAUUAUCUCCUGUUGGAUGACAAUAAACUGACGUCUGUGAGAAGUCUCGCACGCUUUGCCGGUAAUGUUAAGCAUCUGAACAUUCAGGCCAACAGAUUAACAAACCUGGGGGACAUUUACAUGUUUUUGUCUCAACUGAAAGGCCUCCACCAUCUCGCCUACGGAGGAAACACAAUCAGUUGGUGCACGCUCAGUGGACGAGUUGGUUUGAAUAACGUUCAAACUCUGGAUCUUCACAGCAGCUCGCUGCAGUCCAUCUUGUCUCAGGGGAGAUGUCUGAAUCUGUUUGACAAGCUCGGACAUGUGAUUGGUGUCGACUUGAGCUUCAACGCGCUGCAGUCUCUUCCUCAGGGUCUUUUUAAAGGUCUCACCUCAGUAGAGGUGAUGGACCUGUCAUCCAACAGCUUGACCUAUCUCCAGCCUGACGUGUUACCCAGAAGUCUCAGAGUGCUCAAACUGUCCAACAACUUCGUAGCGUCCCCCGACCCCGCCGCUUUCCGCUCCCUCAGCUCCCUCGACCUGAGAAUGAACCGAUUUCACUGCGAUUCAAACCUGAAGAGCUUCCUGAGUUGGAUGAGCGAGACCAACGUGACCUUCCUGAGUCCCGUAGAGGAGCUCAGAUGUGAAUUUCCUUCUGGUUUCUAUAAUGUUCCUCUGUUAGAUUUCUCUGCUCAGACCACACAGCAGAAAACCAGCAACUAAAAGUGACCAAAUAUAUUUGUUCUUUCGGGGGUGACAUCUAGAAAAUCAUAAGGGAUUAACCACAGGUGUCAUGUAAUGUUGAUUUGAGUUUAUCACAUGAUGUGUUCUCUGUAUGAUCUGAAUUUGUAAUAAAUGCCAGAUAAUGUAAUCUCAGAAAAUAAAUAAAUAAAUGUAAAUAAUAAAAUUAAAAAAUAAAUAAAUAAAUAAAACAAGGAUUUAAUUUCCAAACAAUAUAAUAAAAUAGUAUUUUUAAAUUUGUAAUUUCCAUGAUUUCAUUAAGUGGAAUAUUAAAUGAAAUAAAUGUAUUACUUCAUCGAACAACAACCACAGACAAUUGUUACAUUAAAGUCGGUUAUGUGUUCAAAAAUGGGUUUGUUUAUAUGAGCAGAUUAUUGGUGCAUCCUCUUUUCUGUCCAUUGUAGUGUCAGUGGAAGUAAAACAGUUAAUUCAAAGUUUAUCUGAGAUAAUAUUUUCAGUCCUUUGGAGCUCAAAAUACUUUUCUUAUUUUGGUAAAUACUUCACUCUCAGUAGAUUUACUGUCAUUUACAGGUGAAAAUGAGCUUUGAGCUGGAACAGAGGCUGUAUAAUGAGACAUCAGGAUGUUCCCUCCUCUUCCAGCAGAUGGCAGCAUCAUCCCAGUUAGUAACUGACUGUUCUCCUCAAUCCUUCAGAUGAAUGGCUCUAAAACAAUACCAACCACACUUUACCCAGCUGGGAUAAAUGUGCAGCAAUGCAGCAUUUAGUUGCAUAACCUUUGAUAAAUUAGCGAAAAACAAGGGAUCAAUGAUGCAUCAAAAUGAUCUAUUAUAAACUGGAUGAAUAGGACUGAUCAAUGCUGAGGGGAGUUACUAUAAACAGGGAAUGAGGUCAACAAUGUUCAAUGGUGAGGUGUUUUUGGAACAAUAACAACACACAAUCUUCUUUAUUUUAAUAUCUAAGGCAGGAUUCUGUAUUGUAAUUAAUUCCAUUAUAUUCUAUUAACAGAUCUUAUUAUAUGUUUAAUGUUGUUUAUCAUGUGAUGUUAACUUGGAGUG